AUGGCGAGCAAGAGGCCGACUACGAGCGCCAGCUCCUCGCUCGCGAUGUGUGGGAGUCUCUUUCCCACCUUCUCUGCCUCACUUGCCACUCCCACGUCUUCUACCUCUGAGGAGACGGCGACUGUUUCUGUCUCUGGCGGGCAAAAACGUGGCAAGGCUGGUAAGAGGGGCGGGAAGGGCGGCGGGGGUACUGGAGGUGGUGCGGGUAGUGGCGGUGGCGGUGGAGCAGGUGGUGGGAGUAGUGGUGGGGGUGGCUCGGGACCUGACGGCCCUCCUUUCGACGGUGGAGUUUUCACUGGUGGUGAGGGGUCCCAGCAGCAACAGCAGCCGACUCCUCAGCAGCUUACCAUCGCCUGGACAGCAGCAGCGGCAGGGACAUCAGCAGCAGCGACAGGGCCAGCAGCAGCGCCCGCCACAGCAGCAGCCUCACCAGUGGGGCCCUCCGCAGCAGUGGGGCCCUCCGCAGCAGUGGGGCCCUCAGCAGCAGUGGAGGUCUGCGGGUGUAGUUGCCGCGUCGUGCUCGUGUCGGUCGCUUGCCCACCCCUCCCUCCUCUGACACCACCGCCUUGGUCACCCUUCCCUCCCUCGUCUCCGCACUAUGUCCAGUCAGCGUCUUGUCUUAGGCCUCCCCAGAGUCCUCCCGCCACUCCCGCCGCCCCCAGCUCCUCCGUGCGGUCCCUGUGUCCAGGGUCGGCUGCGCGCCACCCCUCACUCCUCCUCCCUUCGUCCGGCCACCGAGCCCUUCCAGACUCUCCACUUAGACGUCUGGGGCCCGCUCCCCGCCUUGGCCCUGCCCGUGAGAGUUUCUUUCUGGUGGUUGUUGACGACUACUCCUGGUACACCACCGUGUUCCCUUUGGCGAAGAAGUCCGACGUGACUUCUACGCUGAUCCGGUGGCUCCUCGCCACCGAGGGCACUCGCGGUCGUCGUGUCAGUUGUCUUCACUCCGACCGUGGGGGUGAGUUUCGCUCCGGCAUUCUCGCCAUAUUUUGUGCUGAGCAGGGCAUCACCCAGUCCUGGACUCUUCCAGACUCUCCGCAGCAGAAUGGGGUUGCUGAGCGCCGCUUAGGCCUGGUCAUGGAGAUCGCCCACACCUCCAUGAUCCACGCCCGCACGCCCCAUUUUCUGUGGCCCUACGCGGCUCGGUACGCCGCUCACCGGCUGAACCUCUGGCCUCGCGUCUCUUGGCCGGGGGCUUCACCGACCAAGGGCUCCUCUGACUUGACCUUUUACCACCCUCCCUCCCACUGGUUCUUUGACUCUCGUGACGUCCGCUUCGACGAGUCUGUCCCCUACUACGUCCGGUACCCCUGUCGAGGUCUCCCGGUUCCCCCCCCCUCCCCUCUUCCUGGCUCUAGCUCCUCCUCCUCCCGCCCCUACUCCUCCGGCACCCCCCCUGGUUCCCGCUCCGUCUGUCGUCCUCACCGCCUCUGCAGCAGCCGUCAGCGCUUCCUUUACCGGCCACUGCGGCCUCUAAGGGUGUUGGUGCUCGAGGUGAGGGCUCUAGCGGUGCUCGCUCUGGGGGUGCUGGCGUCGGAGCUGUUCGUGCACCUACAGGAGCAGCCAGUUCUGGGGGUGUUGGCGUUGGCGCUGAGCGUGCACCUGCCGCAGCUGCCCGUUCCGAGGGUACUGGAGCUGGUGGUGGUGCUGGAGCUGGUGGUGCUUUUGGAGCUGGAGAGUCUGGGGCUGGUGCUGGUGCCACUGGAGGCACCACGAAUGGGGCCGGGUAGUGUCGAGGACGGAGCCGGUUCUUCUGUUGUGUCUCCUGACACCACUCCUCCUCCUCACCCCUACUCGACUCGUUUCCAGGCCCUUCUUCGUCUAGAGCGUGAGGAGUAG